GGCGCAGAUCAUUUUCUCCAUCUGCAGGUAGAACGUGUGAGCUGUUGUGAACUCAGCAGCAUGGAUCAGUGUGAGGACAGAGAGGAGGGAGCCCCUCCCUCUAAAACCACUCUGUGUGGGGAACAUGAGAGCCAGACCAGAGCUCAGAGCCCAGAGCAGCAGCAAACAUCAGACUCUGCUGGACCUGGACCUGGACGUGGGUCUGGACCUGUACCCAGCGAAAGAAAGACAUUUCACACUAAGAUCCAGCAGCAGAGACCAGACCAGACUGAACCCAGCUGUCUGUCUUUAAAGAGCGACGACUCAAAGGAGUUAAUCAUUCUCUUUAAAGAACAACGUCCAUCAGCUGAUCAGAUAGUGGACCAGGAGAGCUCAGAGGUUCCCCGUGGUCAGUCUGCCCAGCAAACACACCUGGACUCCAUAUUUAUGCUGCUGGAGGAGAACAUUGUCACUUUUGUGAAGAAUGAGCUGAAGAAGAUUCAGAAUCUUCUGAUUCAAAAUUACCCAGAAUGCUUAGCGAGUCAGAUGGAGGAUGAAGAGGUGUUGAACAGUGAGGAUGAGGAGCAGAGGAGGAGCAGCAGAGAGGCAUUUCUGCAGAUCACACUGGACUUCCUGAGGGGAAUGAAGCAGGAGGAGCUGGCUGACUGUCUGCAGAGCAGACAUAUUGCUCCACGUAAACUGAAAUCUGCUCUGAAGAAGAAGUUCCAGUGUGUGUUUGAGGGGAUCGCUAAAGCAGGAAACCCAACCCUUCUGAACCAGAUCUACACAGAGCUCUACAUCACAGAGGGAGGGACUGGAGAGGUCAAUGAUGAACAUGAGGUCAGACAGAUUGAAACAGCAUCCAGGAAACCAGUCAGACCAGAAACAACCAUCAGACAAGAAGACAUCUUUAAAGCCUCACCUGGAAGAGAUGAACCAAUCAGAACAGUGAUGACAAAGGGAGUGGCUGGCAUUGGGAAAACAGUCUUAACACAGAAGUUCACUCUGGACUGGGCUGAAGACAAAGCCAACCAGGACAUACAGUUCACAUUUCCAUUCACCUUCAGAGAGCUGAAUGUGCUGAAAGAGAGAAAGUUCAGCUUGGUGGAACUUGUUCAUCACUUCUUUACUGAAACCAAAGAAGCAGGAAUCUGCAGGUUUGAUCAGUUCCAGGUCGUGUUCAUCUUUGACGGUCUGGAUGAGUGUCGACUUCCUCUGGACUUCCACAACACUGAGAUCCUGACUGAUGUUACAGAGUCCACCUCAGUGGAUGUGCUGCUGACAAACCUCAUCAGGGGGAAACUGCUUCCCUCUGCUCGCCUCUGGAUAACCACACGACCUGCAGCAGCCAAUCAGAUCCCUCCUGAGUGUGUUGACAUGGUGACAGAGGUCAGAGGGUUCACUGACCCACAGAAGGAGGAGUACUUCAGGAAGAGGUUCAGAGAUGAGGAGCAGGCCAGCAGGAUCAUCUCCCACAUCAAGAGAUCACGAAGCCUCCACAUCAUGUGCCACAUCCCAGUCUUCUGCUGGAUCACUGCUACAGUUCUGGAGGAUGUGUUGAAAACCAGAGAGGGAGAAGAGCUGCCCAAGACCCUAACUCAGAUGUACAUCUACUUCCUGGUGGUUCAGACCAAAUUGAAGAAGGUCAAGUAUGAUGGGGGAGCUGAGACAGAUCCACACUGGAGUCCAGAGACCAGGGAGAUGAUUGCGUCUCUGGGAAAACUGGCUUUUGAGCAGCUGCAGAAGGGAAACCUGAUCUUCUAUGAAUCAGACCUGACAGAGUGUGGCAUCAAUAUCAGAGCAGCCUCAGUGUACUCAGGAGUGUUAACACAGAUCUUUAAAGAGGAGAGAGGGCUGUAUCAGGACAAGGUGUUCUGCUUCGUCCACCUGAGUGUUCAGGAGUUUCUGGCUGCUCUUCAUGUCCAUCUGACCUUUAUCAACUCUGGACUCAAUCUACUCUCAGAAGAACAGUCAACCCAGUCAACAGUCACCCUGUCGCCUAAUUUAUUUAAAGAAAAAUCCACACGUUUCUACCAGAGUGCUGUAGACAAGGCCAUACAGAGUCCAAAUGGACACCUGGACUUGUUCCUCCGCUUCCUCCUGGGUCUUUCACUCCAGACCAAUCAGACUCUCCUGCAAGGCCUGCUGAAACAGACAGGAAGUCACCCACAGACCAAUCAGGAAACAGUCCAGUACAUCAAGAGGAAGAUUGAAGACACUCCCUCUGCAGAGAAAACCAUCAACCUGUUCCACUGUCUGAAUGAGCUGAAUGAUCAUUCUCUAGUGGAGGAAAUCCAACAGUCCUUGAGAUCAGGAAGUCUCUCCACAGAUAAACUGUCUCCUGCUCAAUGGUCAGCUCUGGUCUUCAUCUUACUGUCAUCAGAAAAAGAUCUGGACGUGUUUGACCUGAAGAAAUACUCUGCUUCAGAGGAGGCGCUUCUGAGGCUGCUGCCAGUGAUCAAAGCCUCUAACAAAGCUCUACUGAGUGGCUGUAACCUCUCACAGAGAAGCUGUGUAGCUCUGUCCUCAGUUCUCAGCUCCCAGUCCUCUAGUCUGAGAGAGCUGGACCUGAGUAACAACAACCUGCAGGAUUCAGGAGUCAACCUGCUGUCUACUGGACUGAGGAGUCCACACUGUGCCCUGGACACUCUCAGUCUGUCAGGUUGUCUGGUCACAGAGGACGGCUGUGCUUCUCUCGCCUCAGCUCUGAGUGCCAACCCCUCCCAUCUGAGAGAGCUGGACCUGAGCUACAAUCAUCCAGGAGACUCAGGGGUGAAGCUGCUGUCUGCUGGACUGGAGGAUUCAGACUGGAGACUGGACACUCUCAGGUUGGAACCUGAUGGAGUCCAAUGGUUGACACCAGGCCUGAGGAAGUAUUCCUGUGAACUCACAUUCAACUUAAACACAGUGAACGCAAAGCUCGAACUGUCUGACAACAACAGGAAGGUGACAUAUAUGACAGAGAAGCAGCCGUAUCCUGAUCAUCCAGACAGAUUUGACCACUGGCCUCAGUUACUGUGUACAACUGGUCUGACUGGUCGCUGUUACUGGGAGGUCGAGUGGAGAGGAGAUGUUUAUAUAUCAGUGAGUUACAGAGGAAUCAGCAGGAGGGGAAAACGUAAAGACUGUGUGUUUGGAAGGAAUGAUCAGUCCUUCAGUCUUUACUGCUCUGAUGAGCAUGAUUAUUCUGUCUGGCACAAUAAUGUACAAACAGCCAUACCCUCCUCCUCCUCCUCCUCCUCCUCCUCUGUCUCUGACAGAGCAGCAGUGUAUGUGGACUGUCCUGCUGGCACUCUGUCCUUCUGCAGAGUCUCCUCUGACUCACAGAUCCACCUCCACACCUACAACACCACAUUCACUGAACCUCUGUAUCCUGGGUUUGGAGUCUGGUUUUGGUCUUCUGAUUCCUCAGUGUGUCUGUGUUGAGUGUAGUAGAGAGGAGCUCAAUCCCAAAAUCCCAAUGUCCCACCUAAGGCCUAAGCCAUGAAUCCUUGAUGUCACCUGGUACGUGAUAAGACCUGGAACUGCCAAAGCCACACAGGAGGCUGCCACUGGCUUAUGAACAGGGGUUUCCAGGGGAAGUGACCAAGUAUGGUAGAGCU